AUACUUCCAAAAUUGUUUGUUAAUAUGCCUUUUCAUUAAGGUUCACGAAUUACAACUGUCUUGAAUGCGUCUCCACACUGACAGUGUACAUCACGAUGGUGACCAUAGCGGAGCUGCGGAGUCUCUUGCUGGUAUCAGCUCUGUGGGGCUGCACGAACCCUCUCCUGAAGAGAGGCACUGAGGGGAUAGAACAUGUGGCAAAGACCAGCAGAGUCGCACAGCUUUUGGCUGAAGCCAAGUUUCUUUUCCUAAACCUCAGGUACCUGGUCCCCUUUCUUCUGAACCAGAGUGGCUCUUUGGUCUACUAUUACACACUCUCAACUACAGAGUUGUCCCUUGCUGUUCCUAUGGCUAACUCGCUAACCUUCCUCUGCACUCUGCUCACUGGCAAGUUACUGGGAGAAGAGUUUGGAGGCAAACAGGCUGUUGCGGGAAUGUUCCUCACCAUGGCUGGCAUCACUCUGUGUGUUAUAAGCUCCAUUCAUGACACUGGCAAGAUGAAUACAACCCAGGCUGCAAGCUAACAGAGACCAGGAUUAAAGCAACACUCUCCAGUUAUUUAAAGUGAUUCCCAAGCAGGGGAGGAAUGGACGUCAAAGCAGAGCUGGCACAGGACUAGAGAGUGCACUUAAGAUUCAGACAGCGACUCCUUGGAGCUAUGGUUCUGGUGGGAGAACUGUGCCUAAAUGAACUCAGUCUGAGCUCGGAAAGACUCGUCCAGAAUCUCUUUCAGCUUGUUGAAGAAGGAAAAGUGGGUUCAUGCAGGGUUCACCUCAAGGCCAGACAAGAUUUAUGGUGCAUGAAUAGAAGUCGCUGGUUGUUAACUUUUACUUUUAAACACUUUGUUGGCACAACGUUUGACUGGAAUCUGCAUUAACGCUAUAGUGACCACAAACACACUGUUUGAAGAAAGGGACAAUUAGAUGUGACCCCUUUGGUUUAACUGCUCUUUUGUUGUGUUUGGGGAAGAGUGGGACACAGGAGGGGACACAUUACUGUUUAAUUUGAACAUUAAGUUGUUUUCUGUCUCUUCCUCUUCUUCCCUGCUGCCUUGUAUACAUGAUGUAUUACUUAAGUACACAUUAUGUUAUUUUCCGCUGUUUCUUUUUUUAAGAAGGGUGAAAAUGACUCAAACCUGUGGUGCGCUCUAUAAACAUGUCUAAACAGAUUGUACAGAAUUUAGAAAUAUCAGAUGUACAUAGUAAUAUAUUUUUAUUACCACUCAAAAAUUCUGUACAGAGUUUUUUGUUGCUUGUUGGCAAAAUAAAAAUCCUUCCAUCCUAA